AUGUCCUGCUAUGACCUGUGUCCUCCCACCACCUGCGGCCCAACCCCACUGGCCAACAGCUGCAACGAGCCCUGUGUCAGGCAGUGCCAGGACUCGACAGUGGUGAUCCAGCCCUCUCCCGUGGUGGUGACCCUGCCCGGACCCAUCCUCAGCUCCUUCCCACAGAACACCGCUGUGGGAUCCUCAGCAUCUGCAGCUGUCGGGAGCGUUCUCAGUGCUGGAGGGGUCCCCAUCUCCUCUGGCAGCUCCUUGGGAUUUGGGAGCUUUGGCUAUCCAGGCCUGGCCAGUGGGUACAGCCGGGCCCCCCCGCCGCCCUACCGUCGCUACAACCCCUACCGCAGUGGCUUCUAUGGGCCGUGCUAA